AACCCUCCAAACGGCAAAUCGGGUGUGAGCCUCAGUCGAGAGUGUUUGUAUAGCGGUCUGUGUCCAUUCUAUACACCUGUAGAAAUGUCCAAUGUAUCUUUGGAAAACCUUGUGAUACUAACACAAGAUCCGAUCGGUCAAAAUGACGGAAUCAGCAAUACGGCCUUUGAAACAAACGAAGAUGAGAACCCGGACUUAGAAAUUGGAUUUUUGGAAAACCUAAAUUUUGAAGAUUCUGCGGAGGAAACAUCAAAAGAUGAUCGGUUUGCAGAUGUAAAAACUGGUGACAAAGACAAGCCCUUAGUGAAAGAAAACAAUAAGGAAUCCACCUUGGUAUGUGAAAGACAACCAGCCCAAAGUAAAGGUAAUGUCAUACCUGAAAAUUUAACACCGGCAAAAUCAGAGGAUAAUCAAACUUUGGAACAGGUAAAAGAACAAAUACAAACAAAUGGAAAUAGUUUAAAUAAAAUCAAAGACCCACCCGUCUUGUCCCGAAAUUCCUCAAACGCCGUUGUUCAAAGGAAGCAACCACUGAAAGGAAGUGCGGACGGAAUAGUUAUCAGUAAGGACUAUGUAUGGGGGCCUUUGUUCCAAGAACUGCCUUACAAGACGGUGACAUUCAAUCCACGUCACGCCAUUCGCCCUGAUCCGUACACUCAGGGAAUAAUCCGGAACCGGAAACCCCAGGUCCUGGUGGAACGACAGAAACAGGGACCAAUCAAAAGAUACAACAGCAACGCGUCACAAAGUGAGGAGGAUGAGAGCAAGUGGCACCACGUGACACGCGACAUUAUCCAGGCGAUAUUUGUUCGUCUGCUGCUGGUGUGCCAUAGUUUCCUCUGUGUGUGGCGAGCUGUUGAUGUGAAGAAGGAUGAACUGUACUGGUGCCUCGCUCUAACCAACGUCGUCCUGGUCAUCGAAACGAUUUACACCAUAGUGAAACGCCAGGGUAGAGAUCCUAAAUGGAUUUGUCCGUGUUUCGUAAUUUACCUGGGAGGAACAGUUCCCGCGCUCUGGUUUCUACAGAUUGAUAAAUUAGACCGGUACAAUGAAGCCAUGUCUGGAAACGUCUCCAGCCUGACUGAUUCCUUGCAGGAGGCCCUGUCAUCAAUCGAAGGGGUACAAAUUCCUAUUUACCUCGAUCCGGAUACAUGGGUGGCCAUCUUGGAGCAGAUUUUGUUAUUCGUUCUGGUUGUGGGACGAAUGCUUUUACCUCUAGGAGCGCUAUCAAGGGAAGAACUGUCUCAGUUACUUUUCAUUUUUAUCGGAUCGGGUUCAGAUGUGAUGGAGCUAUUCGUGGUAUUUGAUGAGCCCCAGUUUCGUACUAAUUCUCCGCUUAAAUUCGCAACGCUUACAGUGUGGUCCGUUAGUUUGCUGCAAUUUACUUUCGUUCUUACUGCAGCGAAGAGCCCAAAAAAGAUUCGACUUGGAACGACAGAAGAUAAAUACCACAGUGUUAAAGAGAAGCGCGCAAUAUUCGGGAUCGAGAUUCUUAGUCUCUUGAUCUCGUUCCUGUUAAUGGAUGGGCCUUACUGCGCGCUUAGACUGUACGCCAUCAUUGUUUAUAAGGUCGUUAGUUACGGCAUCAUAUUCUUUACUUGCAAAAACAUUCUAAUGUUGGUUUUAUUGUUGUAUAGGUUGUUUAUUAUUUGCAUCAAGUUCAGAAAUAGAGGCAGGGAAAAGAAGGAGGCCCUGAGAGAGAUUGCACAUCGUAAACACGCACAUAGGCAUAAUGUUUGAUGUCAAUGUAGUUAUCAAACCUAAAAUAUACGCACAAAAUAUCAUUGUAUGAAAUUAUUAUCAUCCUUGUAUAACUCUAUUUGUACGUUUUUAUAUCUGCUGCCAUAUUGUAUUCACAAAAAAUUGCUUGCAUUACACAGUGUGGUCUGAAAUAAAGUUAGCUCUCAAGAUAAGAUUCACUAUCAACAACGGAUUUUUGUCAGGGGACUUGUAUGAUAAAGGGAUAUCGCUCAAAGCAUUUUACUUAAGUAAUUAUUUUUCUAGCCAAUAAUCAGCUUUGCUUGUCAAUGUGUUCUAAGGCUGCUGUGCUUUUUGUUAAUUGUAACAUUAGAAGCAUCAGAAAUGGUUUAUGAAAGCAAUUGACUAUUUAAUGGAAAUGACAUAUCGAUAUAGUCAGUUGGUUGCUCAGUCAAAGGUCGAAUAACGUCACUCGGAAACGUAUCCUGAUCUCUAUCAAGCAUUUAUAUGUAUAAAGUAUAUAAUAGGAACCACUCUAGCCUAAUGAGGGUAUUUUGAAUUCAUUGAUUGUUACUGACAUUAAGUGAUCUGUAUGUUACUCAGUUACCUUUUAGUAGCCUUUCAGUAACAAUUCAGUUGAUUGAGUGGCAGAAAACAUCAUUUUUUGGUGCAGACAGAAAGAGAAAAAAGACACGUAGGACAGACUUUGUGGAGUGAUUCCACCUUUUUCAUUCCAUUGAUUUGCAUUUGAAAUGUUUACAUAUAUGUAGCUAUUUUGAACUGUUUGGAGGUAGUAAUUGAAUUAAUGUUGCGCUCUACAAACAAAAUGUAAGGAGAAUAAGUAACCAAUGCGGAAUUGACAAAUAAAGUCAUGAGUUGCCGGGUUCUCGCGCGUUCAUUGCCCUAAUAAACAUUUAAAUCCGGACCAGCGCUACAAUAAUUGCAUAUCCUGCAUGGUGAUAAUUAUGCCUGUUCCAAGGUAGCAUUUUUGCAACCGUUUAAGAUGCAGUUUCGUAAAUAUUCGUAAAAAUAAAACAACAAAAAAACCAAUGUCUAGAGAGUAUAUAACCACUUUUGUUUUUAGUGUGUCGCACCUGACAGGUGAGAUAUCUACUUUAAAGAUUAAUAUCCCAUAGGAAAUCAUAAUUCCCAUAGGAGAAAUAAUUUACCUACAGAGAUCCUAUGAGAAUUAUAUUUUCUAUAAGAGAAGUAUUUCAGUUCAGAAAGAUAGUUUUCCUAUGGGAAUUGAAAAUUUUCUAUCGAAUUUUAAAAUCCUACAUGAGUUUGGUUGGAAUUCUUAUAUGAAUUUCUUUUAUUCCGGAAGGAAAAUCCAAAUAUCCUAUAGAAAAUUUGUUUUUCCAAAGGAUAUUCUGAACAAGAACAAAUAUUGAUUCCAUUUCAUAUUGAUUUUAACAAUACAAUCAGUAAGCAAGAUUUUAUCGGAUAUAGUGCACAUUACAACAUCUAAAAUAGGAUGCAAUUUAAUGUAAUCAUAGGUCAUUAAAUUAUCAAGGUUUAAAAUUAUCAUCCUAUAGGGAUUUUUUAAAAGGAAAAUAUCAUUCCUGACAGGUGAGAUACAUUAAUAACAAAGGUGGUUAUGCAUUUUUAAGCAAUGGUCUAUCAUAUGGCAUAU